AGGUGGCUUUCCCCCCUUUUCCUUCUUGAUCACAAUUGUUUCUUCCAGUCCAUCGUCUUCUCUAAGUUAAUAAGUGAGCGUUAGCUUAAGGCCUUACCUUGAUAUUAUCAGAUCUAAUCAGAGAAAUGAAAAAUGCCUUAGGGAAGAGAAAAGAUCUUUUAGUUGAGCUGCACAAGAGAAACAUUGCCACUUUCAAGCUCUGCUUUCCGUAGCUUCUAAUGGAGCCUGCUCAGUAGGGACGUCAGCUUUGCUGGGACUUAUUUUGACAACGGGAUCAGGACUGACUGGUGACACUUGUCUCAAUGAAACCAACGGGGUGAAUAACUCAGCCUGAUGCCAGAAAUGGCCCUCUCGGUGGACUCCUCUUGGCGUCGGUGGCAGUGGCGGGCCAGAGAUGGCUUCUCCCAGUCUCCAUCAGAAGUCACCCCACUGCUCUCUCCAGAGCAAGGAGGGCGGAGCUACAACCUGAAGCAGCAGCGGGUCGUGUUCCCCAACAACAGCACAUUCCACCAAGAUUGGGAAAAGGUCUCCGGGAGAUACCCUGGCAACAGAAUCUGCACAACCAAAUACACCCUCUUCACCUUCCUGCCCCAGAAUCUCCUUGAGCAGUUUCACAGAUGGGCCAACCUCUAUUUCCUGUUCCUGGCGAUUCUGAAUUGGAUGCCCUCCAUGGAAGUCUUCCACAGGGAAAUCACCAUGUUACCAUUGGCCAUUGUCUUAUUCAUCAUCAUGGUCAAGGAUGGCAUGGAGGACUUCAAGAGAUAUCGCUUUGAUAGAGAGAUAAAUUGCUCCAACAUCCAAAUAUAUAAAAGAAAAGACCAGAGCUAUGUGCAGAAGUGCUGGAAGGAUGUACGUGUCGGAGACUUUAUCCAAAUGCGAUGCAACGAGAUCAUCCCAGCAGACAUCCUCCUCCUCUUUUCCUCUGACCCCAGUGGGAUCUGUCACCUGGAAACUGCCAACUUGGAUGGAGAGACAAACCUCAAGCAAAGGCGUGUUGUGAAGGGCUUCUUGCAGCAGGAGACACAGUUUGAACCGGAACGUUUCUGCAAUACCAUUGUGUGUGAGAAACCCAACAACAACUUCAACAAAUUUAAGGGUUAUAUGGAACAUCCCGACCAGACCAGGACCGGCUUCGGCAGUGAAAGUCUUCUGCUGCGAGGCUGCACCAUCAGGAACACCGAGGUGGCCAUCGGCAUUGUCAUCUACACAGGCCACGAGACAAAAGCCAUGCUGAAUAACAGCGGCCCACGCUACAAACGCAGCAAGAUCGAGCGGCGCAUGAACAUAGACAUCUUCUUCUGCAUCGGACUCCUCUUCCUCAUGUGCCUUAUUGGGGCCAUAGGUAACAGCCUCUGGAAUGGGACCUUUGAAGAGCAUCCCCCCUUCGACGUGCCAGAUGUCACAGGUGGCUUCCUUCCCCUUGCCCUCCAGGGCUUCUACAUGUUCCUCACAAUGAUCAUCUUGCUCCAGGUGAUGAUCCCAAUCUCUCUGUACGUGUCCGUCGAGCUGGUGAAGCUUGGGCAAGUCUUCUUCCUGCACAAUGACCUCGACCUGUAUGACGAAGAGUCGGAUUUGUCCAUUCAGUGCCGAGCCCUCAACAUUACUGAGGACCUGGGCCAGAUCCAGUACAUCUUCUCUGACAAGACGGGGACCCUAACCGAGAACAGGAUGGUGUUCCGCCGUUGUACCAUCAUAGGCAGCGAGUUUUCUCACCAAGAAAAUGCCAAGCGACUGGAGACCCCAAAGGAGCUGGACUCGGACGGUGAAGAGUGGACCCAGUACCAGUGCCUGUCCUUCCCAGCCAGAUGGGCCUCAGGCCCAGCAACUAUGAGAAGCCAGGGAGGUGCCCAGCCUCUGCGAAGGUGCCAGAGUGCCCGCGUGCCCAUCCAGGGCCACUCCCGACAGAGGUCCAUGGGGCGCUGGGAAAGCUCACAGCCUCCGGUGGCCUUCAGCAGCCCCAUAGAAAAAGAUGUAACUCCAGAUAAAAACCUACUGAGCAAGGUGCGGGAUGCUGCCCUGUGGCUGGAGACCUUGUCGGACGCCAGACCUGCCAAAGCCUCCCUGUCCUCCACCUCCGCCAUUGCUGACUUCUUCCUCGCCCUAACCAUCUGCAACUCCGUCAUGGUCUCCACAACCACCGAGCCCAGGCAGAGGGUCACCAUCCCACCCUCAAACAAGGCUCUGGGGACGUCCCUGGAGAAGAUUCAGCAACUCUUCCAGAGGCUGAAGCUUUCAAGUCUCAGCCAGUCAUUCUCAUCCUCUGGGCCCUCUAACACAGACCUGGGGGAGAGUUUGGGGACCAACAUACCCACCACGGACUCGGAUGACCGAGACGAUGCGUCUGUGUGCAGUGGAGACUACUCCACCGACGGCGGCUACAGGAGCAGUGCAUGGGACCAGAGUGACGUCCUGGGGCCUGGGGAGGGUACUUCUCUGGCAGAGGUGCUAGAGACCCCGGCCCUGGGCCUCGCUGGGCCCGAGCUCUGCUACGAAGCUGAGAGCCCUGACGAGGCUGCCCUCGUACAUGCCGCCCACGCCUACAACUUCACGCUGGUGUCCCGCACGCCCGAGCAGGUGACCGUGCGCCUGCCCCAGGGCACCUGCCUCACCUUCGACCUCCUCUGCACCCUGGGCUUCGACUCCGUCAGGAAGAGAAUGUCCGUGGUCGUGAGGCACCCGCUGACCGGGGAGAUCGUCGUCUACACCAAGGGCGCCGACUCGGUCAUCAUGGACCUGCUGAAAGACCCGGCCCGUGUGAUUGACACUGAUGUGGAAAAGAAGCUGAGGAAAAUCCAUGCCCGUACCCAGAAGCAUCUAGACUUGUAUGCAAGAGAUGGCCUGCGUACACUGUGCAUCGCCAAAAAGGUGGUAAGUGAAGAGGACUUCCAACGAUGGGCCAGUUUUCGGCGUGAGGCUGAGGCAUCCCUUGAUAACCGAGAUGAGCUUCUGAUGGAGACAGCACAGCAUCUGGAGAAUCAACUCACCUUACUCGGAGCCACUGGGAUCGAAGACCGGCUGCAGGAAGGAGUUCCAGACACAAUCGCUGCUCUGCGCCAAGCUGGGAUCCAGCUCUGGGUCUUGACGGGAGACAAGCAGGAGACAGCGGUCAAUAUUGCCUAUUCCUGCAGACUGUUAGAUCAGACCAACACGGUUUACACUAUCAAUACAGCAAAUCAGGAAACCUGUGAAUCCAUCUUCAACUGUGCUCUGGAAGAGAUAAAGCAAUUUCAUGAACCAGAGAAGCCAGACCGCAAGCUCUCUGGGUUCUGCCUACCCUCUGAGAUGCCAUCUAUCACCUCAAGACCCGCAGUUCCAGAAGUUGGAUUGGUCAUCGAUGGGAAGACACUGAACGCCAUUUUCCAGGGAAAGCUGGAGAAGAAAUUUCUGGAGUUGACCCAGUAUUGCCAGUCCAUCCUGUGCUGCCGCUGCACCCCCAUCCAGAAGAGCUUGAUAGUCAAGCUGGUGCGAGACAAGUUGGGCGUCAUGACGCUUUCCAUAGGUGAUGGAGCCAAUGACGUAAGCAUGAUUCAAGCUGCUGAUAUUGGAAUUGGAAUAUCUGGACAAGAAGGCAUGCAGGCCGUCAUGUCCAGCGACUUUGCCAUCUCCCGCUUCAGGCACCUCAAAAAGCUGCUGCUUGUGCACGGCCACUGGUGUUACUCACGCCUUGCCAGGAUGGUGGUGUACUACUUCUACAAAAAUGUGUGCUACGUCAGCCUGCUUUUCUGGUACCAGUUCUUCUGUGGUUUCUCUGGCUCCACCAUGAUCGAUUACUGGCAGAUGAUAUUCUUCAAUCUCCUUUUCACCUCAUUGCCUCCUCUCAUCUUUGGAAUCCUUGACAAAGAUGUCUCUGAGGAAACACUCCUGGCAUUGCCUGAGCUUUACAAGAGUGGCCAGAACUCUGAGUGCUAUAACCUGUUGACUUUCUGGAUUUCCAUGGCGGAAGCAUUCUACCAGAGUCUCAUCUGUUUCUUUAUCCCUUACCUGACCUACAAGGACUCUGACAUCGAUGUCUUUACCUUUGGAACACCUAUCAACACCAUCUCCCUUGCCACAAUUCUCUUGCACCAGGCGAUGGAAAUGAAGACCUGGACCAUUAUCCACGGGCUCGUCCUCCUAGGCAGUUUCCUGAUGUACUUCGUGAUAUCCCUAGUGUACAAUGCCACCUGCGUCAUCUGCAACAGUCCCACCAAUCCGUACUGGGUGAUGGAACGCCAGCUCUCAGACCCCACUUUCUACCUUGUCUGCUUCCUCACACCAGCCGUGGCUCUUCUCCCAAGAUACUUUUUCCUGUCUUUACAAGGCACCUGUGGGAAGUCUCUGAUCUCGAAAGCUCAGAAAAUUGACAAACUCCCGAAGGACAAAAGAGACCUGGAAAUCCAGAGUUGGAGAAGCAGACAGAGGCCUGCGCCUGUACCUGGAGAGGCUCAGCCCACCCACCGCCCUGUGCCACCCGUCCCAGAACGGGGCUUCCGAGCCAGCACCCCAAAGAGCUCUAGCCCUUCCAAGCAGAAGCACAUCGAGAACAAGGGGCUCCAUGGAGAAAGACGCAGCAGAGACCACAUGAAGUAUGACCCUUGCUCGGGGGACAUGCCUGCUACACUCUCACCUGGGGAGCACCUUCUGGGGCCAAGUAGGACAGUGGCUUCAGGAGCCCCCUCAAGUGAACAGCUGGAUCCCCCCAAGCCCCCAAGUAGGGGCAGCCAUCGCAGGUCCCAGAGUGCACUGACCAUAUGAAAGGACUGCAAACGCCUGUGCAAACUCAGAGGAGGCCUCCCAAUCACUGGUCCACCCAACUCACGAUUCUUCCUCUUCACGGAGGGUAGAAUGUGCCAGUCUGAUUCUUUUGUUCCCCACCAGGCUUGGCUUCCUUAGAGGAAGUGUUGACCCCAAGGGGUUUGGCAAAAAAGGACUGGAAAACAAUUGACCUAUUUUUUCUCCUGCUGCCAGGUAGCUAACAUGUAUUUUAUAAGGAGGCUAUGUUUCUGUUAUUUUGAGUUCCCAAUUUUCUUUUAGCCUGGAGUCAUUCUUCUAAUCCUCUAGAUAAGUAGAGCCCAUGACUCAAUACAACUGGGCCAUAAGUUUCCAAGAUUCCAAGAAGUGUAUCAACUUAGGCAAUAUCUCAGGAUCUGGAAGUUUCCAGGCUUAUCAAACCAUCAUCUCCACCCCUCAGGGCUGAGAGUUAACAUUUCAGAAGAGACCCAUGCUUCCCAGAUGUGUCAUCUCAAGUGUAUUACAGUGAUGACCCUGUCAGGAUUACCAUCCUUUCCAUUUACAGAAAAUUGGGUCUACAUUUGUCUUUUGGUCAAAGAAAACUACAGCCAAAGAUGGAAACUAAAUUUGGACUCCAUUCCACAGACACUUCUGAGAGUUGUAGGGCCACAGCUAGAGUGAGAAGCAAGGAGAAAGAACAGUUUAAAGGUAACAGAAGCACCAGAAACCCCAUGCUAUGGCUACUAGACCAUAUGUCCCACAAUCUGGGGCAUCUGCCAAGAGGACGUGGGCAGUGCUCUCUUUUUAAGCUAUUUAUUUUAUUUAUUUUUAAAUAAAAUUCCCAAUCCUCAUUCAGCUCUCAGAAUAGGAAAAACCUAAGAUCAAGAGGCUUUAGCACAUCUACAACUAGAAUAGGCCCACAGAUAGAACAGCCCUGAAACCAGGUAGCGAUAUCUUAAAGGGUGAAAGCGUGGGCUAGGAUUAAGCCCCAUUCAUCAAGCUAAUCCCAGAGUGCCAACACUGGGAAGUCACUGCUGUGUGCUUCAUAAGAAGUCUAACUUCACAGGGAAAAUGGGGAUUACAUAAGACUUCUUAUCUCUAGAGGUCAUAAAGGCCAAAAAUGUAAAAGAGCUCAAACAGUGUUUAAAUUUUUAAAAUGGAUGACGGAAUUCUAACAGACUGUCAAGAGAAACUAGGUCUUCUAAGAUAAGUCAUGGAGGAGUUCUGAGUCCACCCAGCUUAAGCUAGUGCCUAUAUUAGGCAACAAAUACUGGAAUGGAUGGGGUAAGUGUGUCAGUUCUUUGAGCCCAAGAGUCAUAGGCCCCAGCCAUGAGCUGAUGACUCACCUGAGUAACAACUCAGCAAAGACACCAAAAAGAGCUCAGCAAUGAAGUUGGCAAAUGGCAGGUUGAGCUGGUCCUCUGACCAUCUGACUGGCAAAUUGGAGAGGCCAUUUGGAGUAUCAUUCCGAACCCAAUACACUGGAUUGCCUUCUCUACUUCUGCGUGAUUUUUACUCCAUGCUAUACUGGCCAGUUGAUGAGCAUUUGGGGGAAUCCUAAAUGAGGAUUUCUAAAGAAGGGGCAGGCAGGUAAUUGCACCAGAUGAAAAGUAAAGAUAUUAGUUGUCUCCUGCAAGGAGAAUGAGUCAAAACUUGGAUCUUAGGGCCUUCCUUUUUACCUGCAGUUCCUACCCAUUCUGGAAAGUCAGAAAGGGCCAGGUAGGAUGUUUCAGAAAAGAACAGAGCAGUGGGAAGAGUAAUGACCUCAGGAGAUCUAGGUUUGAGUCUUUGCUCUACUCCCAAACUCUUUGGAUGCUUGGAGCUUUGAAUCAGGAUCCACACCUGCAUAUUAGGUUGGAACUGCCCCACCUCCCAGGUUUGACAUAAGGAUCAAGUCAAAACUAAUACGAGGAAUGUAAAAAGACUUUGAAUGCUGUAACACCAUUGGUAGGAACGCAGGGAUUUUUACUUCAGAGGUAAGGGGAACAGAGGUGAGGAGGAAGUUGGGGAAAUGUCUGACCCCUCUACCUAAACCCCAAACCAUACACAACAUUCUGACACCACUCUCUCACUAGUUUGACCAACUGUCCCAGUUUGCCCAGGACUUUGCCAGUCUUAGCAUUGAAAGUCCCAAAUGCAGGAAACCCCUCAGUGCCAGACUACCCAAGACAUUUGUUCACCUCUUUGUAAACCAAACUGUGACCAUUCAACUUGUCAUCUCACUCAGGGGGAAAAGUUACAACUAUUUCCCUUUAAUAUAAUGCUAAUGAUUGUGUACUUAGUGUGUUUUUAUACUUUUAUGAUCUUUUACUGAUUGACCGGAAAUAUGUCAUACUGUAGUAGAAGAAAAAAUAAACAUGGUUAU